AUGGCUGGGAUUGAUGAAAAUGUUGUACUUAAUGGUGAUUGGGGUCUUCCGAAUCCGAGUCCGAGAACCCUAUUUUCUCGAAUGCUAGAUGAAGAGAGUAAUAGUGUAACAAGACAAAUCUCUGAACAAUCUGAAAGUGAUAGAAUUGAGGUGCAAGAUGGUGAUUCGGGUACCCAAUUGAGCGACGGAAGUUAUCGAAACGAUCAUAAGCUGAACUCGCGAGGUGGUCUUGUUGAAAGAAUUGCUGCUAGAACCGGAUUUAAUGCGCCAAGGUUGAAUACAGAAGGCAUUAGAUCUACAGAGCUUUCGCUCAAUUCUGAGAUUCAGUCUCCGUAUUUGACUAUACCGCUUGGUCUUAGUCCUGCUACACUUUUAGAUUCUCCUGUUUUCCUUGCGAAUUCGUUGGCACAACCAUCUCCAACAACAGGGAAGUUUCCAUUUGUCUCAAACGGAAAUAUCCGCGGCACAGAGUUAUCUUCUGAUGAUCAACAAAAAUUUAAACUUAAUGGCUUUAAUGAUAUGUAUGCAUCAUCCUUUGCCUUCAAGCCUACACCCGAUACAGGACCCUCUUUUUAUCAUGGUGCUGGUAGAAAUAUAAAUCAAACUACGCUUCCUCAGCAAACCCUUCAUAGUUUUGAAGCUUCGGUUCAAUCUCAAAGAGUUGAUGCGACUGAGAACAAAAGUAGCCUCCAUCUUAAGGCAGAAUUCUCCGACUCGCCACCUCAAAAAGACAAUUCUGCACCAAUGGAAGAUCAAGCAGAAGAAAAUGGAACUGAGAAGGGUAUUUCUCAAAAGAAUCAACAAAUGUUACCUCAAAUACUUGCUAAUACAUCUGAGCUAACAUUUCAUCUACGUCAUGCACUUAGUACUAAUGGUUCUGACUCUGUUCGAAGAACCCAUAAAUGUUGUGUCUAUAUUGCCGGAAGUAGCAAGUACUGUGUGUUGCACCCUAAAAUUUGA